CUCGCGUAUCUCACGUAUUUGGCGUUCAAUGUCUUUCAUCCGUUUCUUCCAUCAUCAUUCACGUUCAUAUCAUUGUUCUCGUGAACUCUACGUCACUCGAAUCUCGUCAUUACUGGGACACGAAAUAUACGGUAGUCUACGUGAUUGCUCCUCUCGGUAGAACGAAAGCGCGGGCGGGAACGAGCAAGCACGCCCGCAUCUGUCAACCCGCCAUCUUUUCCGCGAACGUUUUCAUUCAGCUUCGCGUCAAUUCGCGCCCAGGCUGUUUGUUUCACGAAAUCGCGAGAUUCUACAAGAAAAAGGAGAAUUUCGUUAUCGUGCUCUCAAACAUUUCGCAUCACCGACUUGUUUUAAACGACAUCUUCCACCUGUCAAAUGUGUGCGUGCGUGCAUACGUGCACGCAAGACAGUUCUACCAGUACCCGUAUAUUUAUGAUCGAUUUACGUGGAAAUCGUGUCACGGCUAAUUGUUCGGAGAAUCACGCAGGUGUCGGCAAUGACGUGCGUUCAUUCUGACGCUUUAAACAUGGUUGGACUUGUAUAUACGUGGCUUUCGAUACGUCAGUGGCAGAUCGCAGAUGUCAGCAAUGAAUGGAAAGAGGCCUUCUACAAUGCCCUCUAGACAUCAGCCAGAGAUUUGCCAACCAGAGCCAGUUGUUCUGGCACAACAUUUUGACUUGAUCAAAUAUAUUUAUGACUCUUGGAAUUCUGUAUCUAGGGAGCUAGAUAUGUGUCAUAAUCAACCUCACAGUAAUACCUCUAACUAUAGAAAUGGAGCAUCAGUUACAUAUUACCAAGAACGCGAGCCAAAUCCACAACUGAAGGGAAUUUUGAGCCGUUCAAUUUGGAGGCGUGGUGGGGACAGCGUGUUGUUCAAAGUAUCACUAGGAAUGCGAGUUCCUAGUGCCAGACCCAACAUGUCGACUAUAAUCGGACAUUUUCAAAUAGACACAAGAAACAGAAGAGAUAAAUUGGUUACCCGCAAAUUCAAUCUUUGUUUUUAAUUUAUAAACAAAAUUCGUUAUUACAUCCAAAACAAGACAAAAAGUGACGAAAUGGUAAUUUAUAUGUAUAUGUACUCGGAAAACAACUUUCGAAUCUUUUGAUAAUGAAAAAAGCAAAAGGUAGUGUAAUAUGAAAAAAGGAAAAGAAUGGGAAAACUGCGACAGAGACACGCAGAAUAGUACGCGAGAAACAUUCCUAUCUUGAAUUAUAUCUUAAUGGGAUAUCGACUUCCGGUCUUCACCUUUUUCUUUAAAAUUUCUAUCUCUGUACGUAUUCCAUACGUAUGUUAAAUGAAGAUCGGAAGUGAAAAUCAUACUUCUCUUGUUUCUGAUAUCGUGUUUGCAAGUUUGAAAGAGGCGUUUAAUUAUUAAGAAGAUACUUGUAUGACGAACUAUUUAUUUUAAUCACUAAGCGAUGCGAGAUAUACACGAUGAGGCACAUAAAGCGUGACAAGUUAACAUUUAAGAUUUUAGAGAAAUGUUGAAAUUAUUGCUCUUAAAGUUUCGAGGAGUUCAUGUACUGGCUUUAAUAGUUUCGCUGCAAAUAAUACUGCUUGCAGAAAAUAAUGACUCAGUUUUUAAAAUGAUGCUUGAUAUGAAGAAAAACUAGGGAAAUUGUUGUGUCACGUUCUAUGUGUCUUACCUUGUAUAAUUUUAAGACGUAAUUUACUAUGAUACACCGAAUUUCAAUCGUUAUUUAAAGAGAAACGUAAAAUAGUCAUACGUCUUUUUAUCUCGGUAUAACAUUAAAUGAAAUGAGUUUGCUGCUCAAAGGUGCACAAAGCAUUUACAGAGUGCUCAAGCUUGUUUGAGCAAAAAUUGCAUAGAUGAAUUCUAAGGGACUGUACCUUCCUAAGGUAUAUAUACGUAAAUGUACUUUUCCACGUGUUGCAUUUCACACAUUUCCAAGGAGAUUUUUCACUCUCACGUCCACAAGAUCCGCACUUUAGCUAAGUAGCAAGUACUAUAUAAAUAAAAGUGUUUUCCACGUGACGAAGGAGAUUUUAUUAACGUAUAAUAUAGGAGACGCCGCACUUUAAAUUUAAUAAUCGCGAUGUGAAAAUAGUGUGAACAAUUGCGAUUUUAAAUAAGAUGAAAUGUAUCAUCAUAUAUGAAAUGAUCAUCAUAUAUAUCUAUUAAAAAAAAUU